AUGUCAUUCGUUGGUAGUAUCCUGGCAGUGGUUUUGCUGUUACUGUUUCAGCCAAGCGAUGCAGCAGCACAUCCAUCAACCGACGUCGGUACGGUGCGCUACAAUCAACCGUCGGGCAAUUCGCAACCGUUGCGUACGCUCGGUACACUGGGCAUCCUUUUCGGUGCGAUCGAAGCGGAAGCCGCUAUUGAGCGUCGGCUCGAACGUUUGCUGCACGAGCUGGGUGAAUCACCAUCCAGCCAACAGCAGCAACGGGUACGGCGCGCCGUCACCGGAACGUUGCAGCGUGCCGAGAUCGCAAUGGAGAUUCUUGGUACUGGGCUGGAUUUGGCCGCUUCCCGCCGACCGGACGCUUCAACGGGAGAUUUCAGACGGGUGCUGAUCGCCCGCACACAGGAAAUGCUGUCCGGCAAACGUUCCACGGCACGGAUCGGCAUGAAAGCCCCAAGUAACGAUUCAUCCGAAGCGUCAGCAGACGUGAAGCGACAGGUCGAUCAGCAGGUGAAUGUAAUGCGCCGUCAGCUUGCAUCCCAUCUGAUGCGUGCCGUACGCAAUCUGAACGGUUCCGACGGAUUGCAAGCGACGAACCUGGCCACCUCGCUCGGCAGUGAGCUAAUACAGCGAUUGCUGCUACAAACCCUUCCAAAACCAGUCCGCUUUGAGGAGCUUAUUGAAGGUGGGUUAAAGCUACAUCUGGAGCGAAUCUUACGCAGCCGGCGACAGGAUGAAACGGUGCCGGAAACGAACGAAAUAGCUGUCUCGGUGGAUACCUCGCCCGAUGGUUCCGACUCGAAGGAGUCAGAAUCGUCCGAGGAGGAGGAAGGCCCGGGGGGUUUGGUGGGACUAAUUGCGAGCCUGAGCGGUGGCGAUGAAGGAUCCGAUGUUGGUGCACUGAUCGGUUCCCUGUCUGCGGUCGUAACGAACCUUUUCGGGCCGGGAGGUUUGGAUGUACCGGGGUUGCUUGGAACGGGCACCUCCCUGAUUGCUGGAUUGCUCGGUGGCGAUGACAAUUUCGGCAAAGUGCUGGGCAGUUACGUCGGUAUCGCGAUCGAGGGCCUUUCCGGUGGUGGUGCGGACAUGAACGGUGCAUUCUUUGGAAACUUCCUCGGUGCACUUAUCGCUGCACUCAGCUCGGAUCCGGAGGAUGACAAUCUGCCCCUGAAACCGAAGCUGUUCGUGGAGAACUUUUUCACCGGGCUGGAGGAAGCGAAGCGUAAGGCCGAUCCGAACAGUGAUGCGGAGCAGUGUUGCCAGCAUAAGGGCGGUUCGGAUCUGUUUGCGUUCAUCGGUAAUAUUGUGUCGUCGGUUGUCGGUGGCAUUACCAGUCUGGUGCUGAACGCAUCCCUCGGUUCGUCCGGCGGUUCAUCGCAGGGGUCAGCCGAUGCGUUCGGUGCAUCGUCUGCCGGGAGCAGUGGAUCAUCGGGCGAUCAUCCUCAUCCGGCUAUGUAAGAUCCAUUACGGUCGUCACGUCACGUGGUCUGUAGAUGCAGGAAAGUGAAAGUCAAGGGUAUGAGUCGGUUUUGCUGGAAUGGAAAGGCUUAUAAGAGUUUGCUCGCUGCAGGAUGAUUGCAAACUCAUGACACUAUUCGCUUAGAAGUGAUUGGAAGUGGCGUUAAGAGGACGUAGGUUUUAUGUAUAUAACAAAGCGCACUUUAGUACAAUGUUUUUGAGUGUAGGAAUGCAAGUAGUAACGAUUGUUUUGACACAUAUUAAAGUUCAUUUUUAACGAGAAGUAUUUCCCUUAAAGUAUU